CACAAUGCCGGGCCUGCGGGAGAGCUGCGAGAUACACUUUGGUACUUCGGACCUUUACAAAGUGCUUGGAGUGCGCAAAGAAGCGGGGGAAGGGGAGAUACGGCGCGGGUAUCACCGGGUAUCAUUAAAGGUGCACCCCGAUCGGGUUCAACAAGAAGAGAAAGAAAAUGCCACUGCCGAGUUCCAGAUACUUGGAAAGGUUUAUGCAGUUCUCAGUGAUAAGGAGCAGCGAGCCCUGUACGAUGAGCAGGGUAUUGUUGAUGAAGAAACAGAUACACUGAGUCAGGAUAAAAACUGGGAGGAAUAUUGGAGGUUGCUGUUUAAAAAGAUAACUGUGGAAGAUAUAAAGGCAUACGAAGAAAAGUACAAAGGCUCAGAAGAAGAAAAGAAUGAUAUUAUAUCGGCUUAUAUGGACUUUGAGGGAAAUAUGGAUGGCAUUAUGGAGUCUGUGCCAUGUGCAGAUUUUGAGGAUGAACCAAGAAUUAGACAUAUAAUUCAGAAAGCCAUUAAAUCCAAAGAAAUUCCUUCCUACAACGCUUUUGUUAAAGAGUCUAAAAAGAAACGUGAACAAAGAAACAAACGGGCUCACGAGGAAGCAAAAGAAGCAGAAGAAAUUAAAAAGGAAAUGGGCCUUGGUGAUGACAGUGAUGACCUUAAGGCGCUCAUACAAAGACGGCAGAAUGAUCGAAAAAAAGAAAUGGACAGUUUCUUUGAUCAGUUGGAAGCAAAAUACUGCAAUACUUCCAAAAAAGCAACAAGCAAAUCCAAGGCACCAAAGAGAGGGAAGAAGUGAUUUCUGUAUGAGAUUUCUGUGUGAGAUUGUAUUUGCUAAAUGAAAUGUAAAACUUUACUGAGAUGGAUAUUUGUCCUUAGGUUGUACCAAAUAGCCUUUGCCCAAAUGGGUUCGUAGUUUUGUGGAUCCAAGAGUGCGCCAUUCUCAGAACUGCAGUUGCAAAUGAUGUAGUUUGUCCUUGGAGUUCAGUUUUAAUUUUUGCUUGAAACUGUUCAAAGGAUUCAAAAACCUUAUUUAGCAUGCUCUGCAUUGCACAGCUAAGGCUUCUCUCAUGGCCAAAGCAGCAACACAUUUAGUUUGUUGUACAGAUCUGAUUAAAACAAUUAGUGCUUUUCAGUUCAUUCCGUGUACAAAGACAUCAGGUUGUUCCGACUGAGUUUAUAGGCAAAACCCUAUUUAAAAAAAAUAAAUAAAUAAAUAAAAGCCGCUGGUUAUAAAAUGAUUGUGACGUUUUAUAAGCCUACAAUUUAGUUUACUCAGCAAAUUCCAGCAUUUAUCCGAUUUGUAUACCAAGCAAACAAGAACUCCAUUUAUUACAUUUAGCUCCAUGAGCUUUAUUGGUCUCUUUAAUAGGAAUUGGCAGAACGUAUAUUUGUAUGUGUGUGUGUGUGUGUGUGUAGCUGCACUUAACUUUUAAACAUAAAUUGAAAAAUCCAAACCAAUAAAAUAUUUUGCUAACAUCUAA